GAACUGCUUCCGGGUCAGGGGGCAGAAGCCACCAUGGAACCUCUUUGGGUUGUGGGGCUGGCGGAACUGCGGACCGGCGUCUGCAGCCAGUGAGGCGCUGCGCGUCCAGCGUCGCUGGGGAUACUCAGGCCGUCCCCGGAGAGGCACGGCUGCCGCAAUGUCGGUGUUGGGCGAGUACGAGCGACACUGCGAUUCCAUCAACUCGGACUUUGGGAGCGAGUCUGGGGGUGGCGGGGAGUCGGGCCCGGGCCCCAGCGCCAGUGCGGGGCCGCGGGUCGGUGGCGGCGCGGCGGAGCAGGAGGAGCUGCACUACAUCCCUAUCCGCGUCCUGGGCCGCGGCGCCUUCGGGGAAGCCACGCUGUACCGCCGCACCGAGGUUAUUUUGAGAAUCAAACGAAGGUUUUUUGCAAACUGUAAAGUGGUGUACGAAAGUGAGGAUGACUCACUGGUUGUGUGGAAGGAAGUUGAUUUGACCCGACUAUCUGAAAAGGAACGUCGUGAUGCCUUGAAUGAGAUUGUUAUCCUGGCGCUGCUGCAGCAUGACAACAUUAUUGCCUACUACAAUCACUUCAUGGACAAUACGACCCUGCUGAUUGAGCUAGAAUACUGUAAUGGAGGGAACCUGUAUGACAAAAUCCUUCGUCAGAAGGACAAAUUGUUUGAGGAAGAGAUGGUGGUGUGGUACCUUUUUCAAAUUGUUUCAGCAGUGAGCUGUAUCCAUAAAGCUGGUAUCCUGCAUAGAGAUAUAAAGACAUUAAAUAUUUUUCUGACCAAGGCAAACCUGAUAAAACUUGGAGAUUAUGGUCUUGCAAAAAAACUUAAUUCCGAGUAUUCUAUGGCUGAGACGCUUGUGGGAACCCCGUAUUACAUGUCUCCAGAGCUCUGCCAAGGAGUAAAAUACAAUUUCAAGUCCGAUAUCUGGGCAGUAGGCUGUGUCAUUUUUGAACUGCUAACGCUAAAGAGAACAUUUGAUGCUACCAAUCCACUCAACCUGUGUGUGAAGAUCGUGCAAGGAAUCCGGGCCAUGGAAGUUGAUUCUAACCAGUAUUCUUUGGAAUUGAUCCAGAUGGUCCAUGAGUGCCUCGACCAGAAUCCUGAGCAGAGACCCACUGCGGAUGAACUUUUGGAUCGCCCUCUUCUCAGGAAACGUAGGAGAGAGAUGGAGGAAAAAGUCACUCUUCUUAACGCACCUACAAAGAGACCAAGGUCAAGCACCGUGACUGAAGCACCCAUUGCUGUGGUAACAUCACGAACCAGUGAAGUCUAUGUUUGGGGUGGUGGGAAAUCCACCCCGCAGAAACUGGAUGUCAUCAAGAGUGGCUGUAGUGCUCGGCAGGUGUGCGCAGGGAAUACUCACUUUGCUGUGGUCACAGUGGAGAAGGAACUAUACACUUGGGUGAACAUGCAAGGGGGCACUAAGCUUCACGGUCAGCUGGGCCAUGGAGACAAGGCUUCCUAUCGACAGCCAAAGCACGUGGAAAAGUUGCAAGGCAAAGCCAUCCGUCAGGUGUCAUGUGGGGAUGAUUUCACAGUCUGUGUGACAGAUGAGGGCCAGCUCUAUGCCUUUGGAUCAGAUUAUUAUGGUUGCAUAGGGGUAGAUAAGAUUGCUGGCCCUGAAGUACUAGAGCCCAUGCAGCUGAACUUCUUCCUCAGCAAUCCAGUGGAGCAGGUCUCCUGUGGGGAUAAUCAUGUGGUGGUCCUGACACGAAACAAGGAAGUCUAUUCUUGGGGCUGUGGUGAAUAUGGACGACUGGGUUUGGAUUCAGAAGAGGAUUACUAUACACCACAAAGGGUGGAUGUUCCCAAGGCUUUGAUUAUUGUUGCAGUUCAGUGUGGCUCUGAUGGGACCUUUCUGCUGACGCAGUCAGGCAAAGUGCUGGCCUGUGGACUCAAUGAGUUCAACAAACUGGGUCUGAAUCAGUGCAUGUCAGGAAUUAUCAACCAUGAAGCAUACCACGAAGUUCCCUACACAACCUCCUUUACCUUAGCCAAGCAGUUGUCUUUUUAUAAAAUCCGUACCAUUGCUCCAGGCAAGACUCACACAGCUGCUAUUGAUGAGCGAGGCCGUCUGCUGACAUUUGGCUGCAAUAAGUGUGGGCAGUUGGGUGUUGGGAAUUACAAGAAGCGCCUGGGAAUCAACCUGUUGGGAGGACCUCUCGGUGGGAAGCAAGUGAUCAGGGUCUCCUGCGGUGAUGAGUUCACCAUUGCUGCCACUGAUGAUAAUCACAUUUUUGCCUGGGGCAAUGGUGGUAAUGGUCGCCUGGCAAUGACCCCCACUGAGAGAUCACAUGGCUCUGAUAUCUGUACCUCAUGGCCUCGGCCUAUUUUCGGAUCUCUGCAUCAUGUCCCGGAUCUGUCCUGCCGUGGCUGGCAUACCAUUCUCAUUGUUGAGAAAGUACUGAAUUCUAAGACCAUCCGUUCUAAUAGCAGUGGCCUCUCCAUUGGAACUGCGGUCCAGAGCUCUAGCCCAGGAGGAGGUGGUGGUGGUGGUGGUGGUGGUGGUGGUGGUGGUGGUGGCGGUGGCGGUGGAGGUGAAGAGGAGGACAGUCAGCAGGAAUCUGAAACUCCUGAUCCAAGUGGAGGCUUUCGAGGAACAAUGGAAGCAGACCGAGGAAUAGAAGGUUUCAUCAGUCCUACUGAGGAUAUGAGGAAUAGUUGUGGAGCCAGCAGCUCCUGUCCCGGCUGGCUUCGAAAGGAGCUGGAAAACGCAGAGUUCAUCCCCAUGCCAGACAGCUCAUCUCCCCUAAGUGGAGCAUUUUCUGAAUCUGAGAAAGAUACCCUGCCCUAUGAAGAGCUGCAAGGACUCAAAGUAGCCUCCGAAGUGCCUGUGGAACCUAAGCCCCAUGUAGGAACCUGGCUUCCCCGGCUGACUCCUGCAGUACCAUGUGCUGGCAAGGGAGCACCAUUGACCCCUCCUGCCUGUGCGUGUAGCACUCUGCAGGUGGAGGUUGAGAGAUUGCAGAGUCUGGUGUUGAAGUGUCUGGCUGAACAACAAAAAUUACAGCAAGAAAACCUCCAGAUUUUUACUCAGCUACACAAGCUGAACAAGAAAUUAGAAGGAGGGCAGCAGGUGGGGAUGCAUUCCAAAGGAACUCAGACAGCAAAGGAAGAGAUGGAAAUGGAUCCAAAGCCUGACUUAGAUACAGAUUCCUCCUGGUGCCUUCUGGGAACAGAGUCUUGUCGAUCCAGCCUCUAGUCUCCUGAGCCUGCCUAGCCCCCAGGAAACUGGGAUCCAAAGAACUUCACAGCACACUUACUGAAUGCAGAGAGCAGCUUUUCUGGCUUUGUUCACUUGCAGACAAGGAGCACAGGCAGAGGCACUGAAGCACUUUCCUUGUGUGUUUGGAGAGUGGCAUUAUUUAGAUAGGAUCUAGAGUGAUUUUAUUUUGGAGAAAGGCCCUGUAGCCCUGGUUUUGUCAUCAGUGACUGCCAUAGCAACAGCAGCUCUGUACCUCAUCUGUUGAAGAGACACAGUGCUCACUUUAAUUGCGCUGGUAGCAACUCCUAUCCCAUUUAUCAUUUUUACCGUUGGUGUUAAGCUGCCUUGGGAAUUCAGCACCAGGCAUUGCACCUCUGGGUGAGGAGGGGAAAGUGUAAAGCUGGAGCGUGCUGGGAUCACACACAGCCUGCCCAGGUCCUCUAGAGAAUGGUAAAGUUUGCACAGCCCUCAGGAGCCAUGAGUUGAGGAAAAUUUGUAUGGUGAAGUCAAGCACAUUUUUAGAAAGUUACUUGAUGCAGCUAGAUGCUUAAGGGAGGAAGUAGGUUUAGAUUGCUUUUCCUCCGAAGGUUGAUGAAAUGUCUUUAAUGAGAAGCAGAGUAAGAACAGAGCCAUCCUCGGCACACAGUAUGGGUGUUCAGGCUGUGGCUAGUGCAGGGUGGGAUUUCCUAGAUUUCCCAGCUCUGAAAGGUGCCUCUAAAGAAGGAAGAGUGUCUCAGAGAACUGAGUCAGGAGCCUUAGGCAAGGGCCUUAGGAGCAAAUCGAGAGGGAGAGGAGUGCCUCCUUCAGUGCUUCUACCUGGCUAGGACACCAAGUCUUCUGCCCCAGGAGGGCUUUUUGUGCCUCUGCCUUAGUGGCUCUUAGGAGACUGAUCUUGACUUAGCAGCUCCAGCCUCUCUCUCUCAUGUCUAGUCAGUAUUUCUCUCCUUUUGGUAUUUUUUGAAGCCAUAUUAUAACCAGUGAAUCUGUAUCAUCUUUCCUAUUGAGUGGCCCAAAGCCAGCACCAAACCCUGGGGGUCCCGGACCCUAACAGAACAUGUAGAACCUACCAAGUGAAAGAAAUCUGGCUGUAGACUCCCUUUCCUUUCCUUUUUCCUUCCUUCCUUUUCUUUCUUUCUUUCUUUUUUUUUUUUUUUUUUUUGAGACAGGAUCUCGCUAUGCAGUUCAGGCUGGCCUUGGGGUUUUGUAGCCCAGGCCGGUCCUGAACUUGCAGUGAUCCUUUUGCCCUAGCCCCCCAAGUUCCAGGAUUACAGGCAUGCACCACAACACCAGGCCCAGCAGACUCACUUCUAACAUGUCUGUAUAGUCAAAAGCAAAUUAGCUUUCCCGAGAGAGACAAUAAAGAAUAAAACUGUAAAUAGACAGUUUCCAUACAAGUAUGUAAUGGUUUAUCUUAAGGAUGUGAGUUUUGUAUUUCCAUAAAGCCUUAGGAAACGUUCCUGUAUUUUGGGUCACAGAAGUUUUGAUGAGUUUCAUAUCCUUCCUCCUUAAAGCUAUGUUAAUUUUGUUUUAUUUUUCCCAAACCAGUCUGUUUAAUAUUUCAGGAGAACUUGUGGAAGGGAGAUUUUACCCUCUCCCUAACACUGGUAGUGUAAAGGCUGGUGCCGGUGAGAAAAAUCUAUAGGGAAGGGCAACUCUGUCCAAUGGGAUCUGUGCUGUCCCAUUGUUUUCUCAAUUCUGAGAAGCAUAGUACAGUAGUACUAAUGUAAUCACUGAAGCCUUUUCCUAAAGUAAGGGAAAGGCCAAGCCUGAAUUAAAGUUACAAGGUCUGGGGUUUUGCUGUAAACCCUAACAGUGGUUUUGGUUCAUCAUGUAAAUGCAGCUGUGGUUUUCUUAAGGACUAGCUGACCUUUCAUGUCCCUGUAUCCUCAUGCUCACCAUCUCAGCAGGCCUGAGCAAGAGGGUUAUUUGGAUUUUGUCAUGAGGAUCACUUCUGCUCUGGAGCUGAGGGACAUGGGCACAUUGCUGGGACUUUAGGAUGACAGUGUGUGAAAGUGGGGUGAAAGCCCUGGUGGGGAGUCAUUCCCGAGCAGUGAAACUCAGUGGCCAGUUUCUCUAGCAUGUUCCCUUGAGAAGUUGAGGUUUGCUGUUAAUCUGGCUGAGAAUCUUAAAUUCUGUGCCUUAGAAACAAUUUGCACUUUGCAAAAUUGUGCCUGAGUCAACCAUAUGAUUUUUCCAUCAAACAGCUAUGCAAGCAGAAACCAGUUCCAAGGUGGCAGCAGUGCAUUAGAUAGCGUGAAAGGCAAGGCAGCAAAAAUACCUUUGAAUGCUUUCCUGGAGCUAAUUCUCCCCCAAGUUUUGUCCGGCUUUUUUUCUUUAUGCAGUGGUAGAUGCUCUCAGUUUGCUAGUAGUUUUGCUUUUGAGUUACAGUAUAAUUUGGGUUACUCCUACUUGCUGACACUGUUGCUGAAGAGCUAGCUUACUGUUAGCCAGAUGCUGGAAAGAUUGAGGGUGGAAUGGUUUGGCAUUUCUGUUUUAAAUAAACAUUUAAACUUUCAA